CUUGAAGAAAUUGGAUUAAUUUUGUUUGUUUGGUAAGAAGACCUUUCUUGGUAUAAAAGCAUGUGCAUUCAGAGAAGGAAGUCAGAUUACUCCAGUUCAACAACAGGAUAACAUAAACAAUCACCUCAUCUCUCUUAAAAUGGCAUUCAAAUUCAUUGCUUUCUUCGCUUGUCUUGCUGUUGCCAGCGCCGGAUAUCUUGCUUCACCACUUGCUGCUGUUGCCACUCCAGUCCUGGCCAAGACCGAAGAUCAUGAUCCUCAUCCACAAUACUCCUUUGGAUACGAUGUUCAGGAUGCCAUUUCGGGAGACAACAAGAACCAACAGGAAACCCGUGACGGAGACAUCGUUCAUGGUCAAUACUCUUUGAAUGACGCUGAUGGUUACAGACGCAUUGUUGACUACACUUCCGAUCCCAUCAAUGGAUUCAACGCUGUUGUCCGCAGGGAGCCAUUGGGUGCAGCUAUCGCCGCAGCUCCAGCUGUAAUCAAAUCUACUCCAUUGGCUUAUGCUGCUGCUCCAGCCUUAAUCAAACAAGCUCCAUUAGCCUACGCUGCUGCUCCAACUUUGAUCAAGUCAUCUCCUUUGGCAUACGCUGCUGCUCCAGCUCUUGUUAAAUCUGCUUCUUUGGCAUACGCCGCCGAAGCUCCAGCUUUGAUCAAAUCUGCUCCAGCUUUGGCCUACUCAACUGGCCCAGCAUUGGUUAAGACCAGCUUCUCUUCGCCACUCAUUUCCUACGCUUACUAAGGAAGUGAAUCCUUGAAUUUGUAUUACCUCUUGUUGUUGCUGUUGUUGUUUGUGAAAUAAAAU